UAAUAUAAUAUUUUUAUAUUUUCUGUAUUAUUGACAUAUAAAAUUUUUAUUUUCGUUUAACGAAUUAAAGAAGAAGGAUUUAUAUUGAGAAGUUAUAAGAUCAUAAAGAAAAGAUUAAAAUGAAUCGUCGAUUUAAUAAACCUAUUCGUACUUAUGAAAGGAAAAAAUUCAGAGAAGUAGUAAUUUUAACACCAAAAAUAAAUAAUUCAAAUGAUGCUAAUAAUAAAAAUAAUGCUUUGCUGAAUAAAAAUUUAAACGAAGAAAGUACUGAUUCUAUGUAUGAUGAUCCUUUUGAAACUACAUUUGAUAGACUUCUUAAAAAUACCAGAAAACUUCCACCACCAGCAUCUAAAACAUAUAAUGAUACGAUAUUAGUAACUAGCACAGAUAAUGAUAAAUCUGAAAUAAAUAAUCAUAAAUCUUCGUUACUUGAGAUAUGCAAUUUUGAUACAAAAUUAAUUUCUAAUCAAAAGAUAAUGCAUAGAAAGCCAAAAAUGCGAAUUGUAAAGAAAACAAUAAUAAAAAAAAAAACAUCUAUAUCACAAAAUAGUAGAAAAUUUAAAGUAUGUAAAGAUGAAUCUCAAAAAAAAUAUGAAUUGCGUAAAACAAGAAAUAAUAAAAUAUUAUCUAAACAUUUAAAUGUUGAUUGUUUAAAUUUUAAUUUUAAUGAAAGUAAAACUCCUGAAAAUAAAAAAUGCAAUCAAGAUAAAAGAAAAACUUCUAAUAAAAAAUAUUUUGUAAAAAAAAAAAGAAAGGAUGGUAAUAAUAUGUCAAGAAUAAAAUCUAAUAAUAUAGAAAUAAAACCAUGUUUUGUUAAUUUGGAUAGAUCUAUUGUAACACAAUGGAAUAAUAAGUUAAAUGUAAUAGAGAAUAAUUUAGUCAAGAAAAAUGAUAAAUCAUUAGAUCAAUAUUCGAUUAUUAAUACCAGUAUUGAUAAUUUUAAGUCUAAUAAUGAAAAUAUGACAUGUUGCUCUAUGAAAAAAGAACAAUUAAAAGUAGAUUCGUAUGCAAAGCCAUUCAAUAUUGAGAAAAAAUAUAAAGGUAUAUUCAGUAGUACACCUAAUGGUAAACCUAUUAGGCCAUUUGUUCAUUUGAUACCUUUAUCACCAAUUUCUAUUAAACAUUUAAAAAAAAAUAAAGAUUCUAUAAUGCUUGCAAAUAAUAGUUUAAUUAAUGAAAAUAAUGAAGUUUCAUCAGAGUCCAAAUUAAUAACUAAUGAUAUGUACAAAAAUAUAGAUGAAAAAUGUAUAUUUGAAGAUAAAUCUAAAUUAUUAUCUAAUUUCAAUGAGUGCAAUUUAAAUCAAUUAGAAAAUGUAGAUAAAAAAAAUAUUAAUUUAUUAACUAUAUUUAACUAUACUACUAAUGAACAUGAGCAAAAAAAAGAAUCCUUAACAAAAAUAGAUUCAGAACAAAAUAUUUCAAAAAAUCAAACUAAACAAGAUGAGUCAAAUAAAUUAAUAACACAAGAAUAUAAAAUUUCAAAUAUAAAAAUGGAUGAAUAUUAUUUAAAAUUUUCUAUUGAUGAAAAUAACUCACGUUCUUUAUUUGAUAGUAAUGAAAGUAUUCAGAAUAUAUUACAUGAUUUUCCUGAAGAAAAUAAUAUAAUAAAAACAUCUAAUAAUUUAGUAUAUGAUAAUGAUAAUGAGAUAAAUGAGAAAAAUAUAAAAUUAAAUAAUGAAAUACAUUCUAAUUUUGUAAAAUUAAAUGAAAAAUCAAUUUUAAAUAUUGAUAAAGAAAUAAUUUUCAGUGAUAAAAUAUGGGAAGAGUUACCUACAACUUCAAUCCCAGUAACUUUAAAUUCAUCAUCUGAUGAUGUAGAAUUUAAAUUAAAAACUAAGGAAAUUGAAGACAAAAAUAAUAGUAUACUAAUUGAACAAACUUUAUUAAAUGAAAACAAUAUAUCAAAUAAAAAAUAUUCUUCUAUAGAUGGAAAUAAUACAUCAUCAUGUCAUGUAGUUUUGAAACAAUUGCAAGAUCCCUUUAGAAUUACAAGAAGAAAAAAAUAUUCUAAAUGGGAUCUUGAAUUAAUUGCAGAAGAUUGUAAUAAUAGUAUUAAAGUAAAAGAAAAAUCUAUGAAUUCAAGAAAAGAAAUUAAGGAUAGACAAAUAUCACAAAAAAAAUUAUCAACUAUAGAAAAUAUAAUAAAGGAAUCUUAUGAUAAUGAAUGUAUAGAAAUAAAGAAACCUAUAUAUUUAAAACCAGGCAAAUCUUGGGCAAGAUCUUUAUCAAUUUUAAAUAAUAUACAAACUGAAUUUAAUUUGGAAAAAUUAUCUAUUGGAAAAGGUAAAAGAUGGAGAGAUAGUGUUCAGGAUAUUUUGAAUAUGCAAAUACAAGGAAUUAUACAAAGUUGUAUAAAAAAAAAUGAUAGUGAUAAAGAAUUACAAGUAACUAAUGAAAUAAUUAAUAAAUCUGAACAUGAAUUGGUUAAUAAAAAAAGUAGGACUUGUGAUUCUACCAAUUUUGGACGUGUUUCAAGAAGAAUAUCAGUUCGUGUUAUUCCAAUUCAUAAAACAGUAAAAUCUAUUGAAGAUGCACCAUUUCUUGAAGUUUAUGGCAUUGUUCCUGUUAAAAGUCAGAGAUUUACAUUAUUAAAUAACAAUCCUCGAAAAUCUUCUACAUGCAACUUUCAACAUGAUGAUAUUGAUGGUCAAAUUAUUAAAGAACAUGUAGUUUUAACAGCUAGAGAAGUUAUUUUACAAAGAUGUUCACAAAAGGAUUAUAUAUCAUUUUCAACAUAUUUUUCAGAUUUAUACUUAGAAUACUGUCGAAAAAUUGGAGAAGGUGUAUAUGGAGAAGUUUUUCUUUAUGAACAAGAAAAUAAAAAAUCUGUUAUAAAAAUUAUUCCUAUAGAAGGUAAUGAUUAUGUUAAUGGAGAACCACAAAAAAAAUUUCAUGAAAUAUUAUCAGAAAUUGUAAUUGCAAUGGAAUUACAUAAUUUGAGAUUCAAUGCAAGAUACAAUACUGAUGGAUUUGUAGAAGUAAAAAAUAUUAAAUGUAUAAAAGGGAAAUAUCCAGAAAGACUUAUAGAAUUGUGGAAUAUCUAUGACGAAGAAAAACAUUCGGAUAAUGAUUGUCCAUCAAUGUUUAAUGAUGAUCAGUUAUACAUUGUUCUUGAACUUGGACAUGGUGGUCAAGAUCUAGAAGCAUUUGUGUUUAAUACUGCAGAGGAAGCUCAUAUUUUAUUUCUACAGGCUGCAUUAGCAUUAGCUGUUGCAGAAAAAGCUGUUGAAUUUGAACAUAGAGACUUGCAUUGGGGAAAUAUAUUAAUAUCUCCGACAAAUGAAACUUAUGUACAUUUUAAAAUUGGACAAAAAAAUAUCGAAUUGAUUAGUAAAGGUGUAAAGGUGUCUAUUAUAGAUUUCACUUUAUCAAGAAUAAAAUAUCAAGGAUGUAGUGUAUUUAAUGAUCUUGCAUCAGAUCCUACGCUUUUUUCAGCUCAGGGUGAAUAUCAAUUUGAAAUAUAUCGAUUGAUGAGAGAUAAAGUUAAAAACAAUUGGCAAACAUUUGAACCUUAUACAAAUAUUUUAUGGUUGCAUUAUACUUUAGAUAAAAUGAUUACAGCAGUUAGAUAUAGAAAAAGAAAUUUAAAAACUCAUAAAAAUGGCAUAACAAAGUUGAAAGAAUUGAAAAAUGAAAUUUUGACAUAUAAUAGUGCCUUUGAGUUUGUAACAAACUGUGAUAAAAUUGUUAAUUUAUUACGCAUUAAUCCAAAAUCUGGGUAACACAUGUAUAAAAAAGAAAAAUACACAGUUGUAUAUAAACAGUAAAUAACAAUACAAUUUUUUUAAUAUUUAUGCUACAGAUUCAAAA